GAGAGAGACGACCAAAUGUCGGGAGUGUGAGGUGGGUGAGUGAGAGGUGGGUGGACCCCAGAUUCACCAGCGACAACCCCUGAUAGUCCCAUGCGCUCUUCCCAUUUUUCUCUUCUUUUAUGCGUUGUUCCUGAACUCCUCGUCCGCCUCAGGAGCCACCACAACCACCAUUUCUCUGUCUUUUACCCAUUUCCUCUUUCAAUUCCGGCAUACAAGAGCGAGUUUUUCACAUAAAAAGCAACAAACUCGACCCCCUUGUACACAUAGCCUUUGAGAAUGGAUUGCUGGUCUCCCUCUCUCACUGUUGAUGAUGAAUUUGAGAAGCUCGUGAUUCGAAUGAACCCUCCGAGGGUUACUGUUGAUAAUGCAUCAAGCAGGACAGCCACUUUGAUUAAGGUUGAUAGUGCGAAUAGGCGUGGGAGUUUGUUGGAGGUGGUUCAGGUUCUGAAUGAUAUGGAUCUUAUUAUUAGAAGAGCUUACAUUUCUUCAGAUGGGGAAUGGUUCAUGGACGUAUUUCAUGUGACAGAUCAAAAAGGCAAUAAGCUCUCUGAAGAUGAUGUUGCUGAAAGAAUUCAACAGUCUCUCGGACCUAGAGCACGGAGCUUCCGUUCCUUGAGAAGGUCCGUGGGUGUCCAAGCUGCUAAUGAACAUACAACCAUAGAAUUGACAGGGCGAGACCGACCAGGCUUGCUUUCAGAGGUGUUUGCGGUUCUUGCUGACCUCAAAUGCAAUGUGGUAGCAGCAGAAGUUUGGACCCAUAAUUCAAGAAUGGCAUCGGUUGUUUACAUCACUGAUGAUGAGACUGGAUUGCCAAUUGAUGAUCCUGAUCGGCUUGCGAAGAUCAAACAGCUUCUCCUUUAUGUGCUAAAAGGAGAUAGAGAUAAGCGGAGUGCCAAUACUGCUGUUUCAGUGGGUUCCACUAACACGCAGAGGAGGCUGCAUCAGAUGAUGUAUGCUGAUCGUGAUUAUGAUAUGGAUAGUGGUUCCACAAAUGAUCGGAGCAAACCCCUUGUAACCGUGGAGAAUUUUGCGGACAAGGGCUACACUGUCGUGAACCUAAGGUGCCCAGACCGGCCUAAGCUUCUCUUUGAUACCGUUUGCACAUUGACUGAUAUGCAGUAUGUGGUAUUCCAUGCAACUGUCAUUGCUGAAGGACCAGAGGCUUAUCAGGAAUAUUAUAUCAGGCAUGAGGAUGGGUGCCCCAUCAGUUCUGAAGCAGAGCAGCAAAGGGUAAUUCUUUGCCUUGAGGCUGCUAUCAGGAGACGUACUUCUGAGGGUAUAAGACUAGAACUCUGUAGUGAAGACAGAGUUGGACUACUCUCUGAUGUAACUCGCAUAUUUAGAGAAAACGGUCUAUCCGUCACUCGAGCUGAGGUCACUACCAGGGGUUCUCAAGCUGUGAAUGCUUUCUAUGUCACUGAUUCAUCAGGAAAUCCAGUAAAGAGUGAAACAAUUGAGGCAGUCCGCAAAGAGAUUGGCCUGACAAUACUUCGCGUUAAAGAUGAUGCCUACUCCAAAUCUCCACCCCAGGAGAGUGGGAGGUUCUCGUUGGGUAAUCUCUUCCGAUCAAGAUCAGAGAAGGUCCUUUACAACUUGGGCUUAAUGAGGUCAUAUUCUUGAGCUAUUUCCUUGUUAUCCUAGCUUCUGUCUGAUGCCUGUAAAUUGUUCAGGAUAGUUUGGUUGAUCGUAGAUGAUGCUUUAUAACCAUAUUGACCAGGUUUAUGUCAACCCCUCGUUGAACUCUCGGGUCAGGCCUCUGAUUUCACCUUGUAAAGCUCAUUCUCAUUGUAAAAUAUACAUUUUCCCCAUAAUUCUCCUUGGUCUUAAAGGGCAUUGUAAAUGCAUACAUCGCUCCUUCAUUUCUGCAGAAUCUCAAUUCCAAACUCUCUUUUCUUGU